UUAUUUGCGUUACAAAGAACGAGGGGAUUUGGAUCAAAUGCCCAAGGCGAUAUGAUUCUCCAGCAAUAAAGGCAGUUGGACUCAUUCGGCAAUUGCCACGUUAUUUUAAAAGUGGGUACCCCGCUCCUGACCAAUUAUUGAAUCAGGCGCUCUGUAGCCCACUUUGCUUCCUCCCCUUCUCCUGCUGCUGCUGGUUGCUUGUUGCCCUGGUUGGAAGCUGAACUGCAGCUACAAGAGGAUCGUGACGAGGUCGGGCUGCGCGCCUGCUAGAUACACUGAGCAUGAAGAUGGCAGCGGAGGAGCCACAAGCCAAGAAGCCCAAGCUGGAACAAAACCAACUUAGUGAAAAUGUGCUUUUUGGAAUGGGAAAUCCUCUUCUUGAUAUCUGUGCGGUAGUGGACAAGGACUUCCUUGACAAAUAUGGGCUGAAGCCAAAUGACCAAAUCUUGGCAGAGGACAAACACAAAGAAAUGUUUGAAGAACUUGUGAAAAAGUUCAACGUAGAAUAUCAUGCUGGUGGCUCUACUCAAAAUUCUGUUAAAGUGGCCCAGUGGAUGAUCGAGAGCCCUUACAAGGCAGCAACUUUCUUUGGGUGCAUUGGAACAGACAAAUUUGGUGCGAUCCUGAAGAAGAAAACUGAGGAAGCUCACGUGGAUGCUCAUUACUAUGAGCAGAGUGACGAGCCAACAGGAACUUGUGCUGCCUGCAUCACUGGUGACAACAGGUCUCUUGUAGCUCACCUUGCUGCUGCCAAUUGUUACAAUAAGGAAAAACAUCUUGAUCUGGAGAAGAACUGGAAACUGGUGGAAAAGGCCAAAGUUUAUUACAUAGCAGGAUUUUUUCUUACAGUUUCACCAGAAGCAGUAUUAAAGGUGGCCAGUCAUUCUUCUGCAGACAACAAGAUCUUCACUUUGAAUCUUUCUGCACCAUUCAUUAGCCAGUUCUAUAAGGAGCCACUGAUGAAAGUCAUGCCUUACGUUGACAUCCUUUUCGGAAAUGAGAUGGAAGCUGCCACUUUUGCCAGAGAGCAAGGCUUUGAGACGGAAGAUAUUAAAGAGAUAGCCCAGAAGACACAAGCCCUGCCAAAGGUGAACCCUAACAGGCAACGAAUUGUAGUCUUCACCCAAGGGAAAGAGGACACUAUAAUGGCUACAGAUUUUAUCUGCAAAGGCAUCUUUGCUGCAAACAAGAACACGCUAUACUUGUUGGGAACAGCUGCUGCAACAGUAUAGUGCAUUUAAGCAAUUGUGAAAAUGAGGAAGUGAAAUCCAGCACUAAGUGAAUUUCCAGUCUUUUUUGCUUUGAACAGAAAGUCUCACUUCUAGCUUUUCUCAGCUGCCUGCUCUUCCAUUCUCAAAGGAAUAGGUGCAAAAAGGUGUUCUAGCUGGGAUAUGAGUGGCUUCUGCUGUUUGAAAUGAUAUGGAACACACACAUUUAAGCAUUACAAACAUGACUGCCUGCCUUUUAGCGGGCGCUUUAAUUUGUCCACCUAUACUUCCUAGAUUAAAUAAUACAAUUACUGCCACGUGCUAUUGCAAGCCAUUUUAGUCAUUAGUUCCUACCUAAGGUAAGGUAUUAAUUAAGGGUCUGGUUCUCUUAGGUAUUGAGUGCUAGGCUAGCUGUGAGGCUAGGACUGCAGGAUCGGGCUCCAAGUAAAUAUGUCACUACCUUACAGCUUGUUCUUAGGAGAAAUCUAAAUUAUUUCUGUUUUUUAGAUUAUUUCUUCCCAUAAUUUGUUAGCCACAAACUGCUUUCAAACAACACAGGUUCAGAGUUGGAUAUGUCUGUCUUGUCUUGCAAGCAUGACAGCUUUGCUUCCAGAAAAUCACUGCAGUAUUUGAACGGUCCAUAUGGAGAUGCUCCACUUGAGCUUUGUACGGUUGGCUGAGAAAUAGCAAUAAAAAUGUUUUUAUACAUGAGUUAGUAAUAAUGGUGGUAAACCUAAAUCUGACAUGUAACCCUCCUCUACUCUUAUUUAAUUUUCACUGUGUAUUUAUUUUAUUCUUUAAACUGGAGUUGUUAACAAAUCCAUUAAUCCAUUCUUUGAUAUUUUUACAACUGGGAGCUUAUUUGAGAACUGACACUUGCUAAUCUUAGCUGUUUGUUCCCUAUGAAAAUGAACUUAAAUUAGAGAAUGCACUUCGUAUGCAUGAUAAAUGCAAGAUGGAUAGAGAGGGUAUGCAGUGGUGUCAGCUACAAAAGCAAACAUGAUAAAUGUUAAGGCAGUUUUGAGCCCUGGGAUAAACUAUUCAAUGCUCAAGCAUAGCUGAAUCUCUUUGCUAU